CCGUGCGUCUCGCUCUUGAGGUCUCCAGCAGUCGAUCGGCUCGUCCGAUCACGCACCACGUGUCCUAUCUUCGCCUCCUCCCCUCCGCUCCAUCUCCUUCUCCAUCGGCCUCUCCCUCAGAGGAAGCCGACGACGGCGAUCUUAUCUCUCCGGCAUCUCCCUCUUCUUCUCCCUCCCUCUCUACCACCCCGUCACCUUCGCCAUCGCCAUGAGUUUUCUGGAGGAGAGAGCCCUUAGCGAAGCAUUGCUUGUGCCCCAUAAUCGACUGAUGAUUCGACAAGUCCAUCACCCCCGCCUCAAUCCAGAUCUUCGGCGGCUCGCGCACUUCUUCUGCACGGAGGGCGUGUAUGCAGCAGCGGUGUUCAGGAUCGAAGGCAGGGCUGAUGCGGUGGUACUAGCCGAGGCUGUAGUAGUUCAUCAGCGAGCGGCGCCAGGUGUCAGUCGCAUAUCAGUCGUCGUCAACUUCAGCGGCGAUCUCUCCACGCUCCUCCCCUUACGACAUUCGACGGUGAAGGCAUCACUGCAUAUGUGGGCGAACGAUCUGGUCGCCGAGUGGACUCAGUUUCUGGCUCGCCAUGGGGACACGAUUGUGCCAUCACGGGCAAUCGAGUACGACGGCCUUCGGAUGUAUCAGCGCGAUCCGCAGGUGGAGCUUCCCGCCCUCGUUCCCUUUCCGCAGGGAGCCGCAGAACGCAUCCCGCCGUCGCAGCAACAAUAUUUGGAUCCCUGGACGGCUCUCGAUCCUGCCUUCUUUAGGUACCCUACAGCGGAGCAGUUUGCUGCCAUCCGAGAAGAAGAGGAGGAAGAAGAGAGCACCUGGAGUGACGAAGGAGAAAACGCGCGGGAAGAAGGCGGGGAUAGCGACAAAGUGCUCGGCGAAGAGGACGAAACCCCCGAAGAAGGAAGCUAUAGCGAGCAUAGCGAGGGGGAACAGAGCGAAGAAGAAGAAGAAGACGAGGAAGGAGAAGAGGAGCACGAAGAGAGGCCUGCUGGAUCGGAGUGGGAAGUUGUGCCGGAAGAAGCACUGCGUACGGGCACAGAGGCUGAAGAUCCCGAGGCGGCCCGCAAAAGAGAAGAGAUCACGGCCGGGAAGAAGGAGUUAGAACUCGCGAGCGCGGCGAGUCUGCACAUCCACGACGACCCAAACCGAGAUCCGGAGCCGUCCCGACUUGAAGAUGGCGACCUCGCGGCCACGACUCCGACCCCAUCAGCGUGGCGACGGAGCCGAUCCCCCUCCUCCCCAACCCGUCCCCCAGUUCGUCGACGUACCGAUACGGGCGAUUGGCCUUCGUCCCCGAUCACUCUCCCGCCGUCCCCUUGAUUACCUCACCCUCCGCCAACUCACCACCCCCGUCACGUUCCCCUCCAAUCCG